AUGGCCGCAGCGGUGAUAGUAGAGGCCAGCAUCAACGAUUUCGAGCUGCCAUUUCUUCCCGCGGAUCCGACCAAUCUCGGUUCUUAUGGGACGAAAUUUCUUGUGGGUUUCAUGCAAAACAUAAUUCCACGAGAUGCAGUAAGACCUGUACCUGAUGCAUACCUACUGGUGACGACCAGUGAGACUGGAGUGGUGGAGUUUGAGGUGACAACCAUGUUUGGUGGUGUGCAAAGCUCCAGCACAUAUACAGUGGAUUCAACUGCACUGACACGAGUCAACUUUCCAGCUGAUGACGUCUAUGUGACAAAUAUUCAGUCGAGGGAUAGAGCUAUUUUGGUGCAAACUAGUAACAACAAGAAGAUAGCCAUCAAAGUUGUCAACGAUGAAUUUCGCUCUACUGACGGAUUUGUUGCUCUCCCAUGCGAUGGAAUGACUGUACCAUCAGAUUUUCGCACAUAUGAAUAUCUCAUUCUCUCCACUAAUCAAGACACGACAGACACGUCAGGAAGCAGACCCAGAUCUAGUCAGUUUCUUGUCAUUACUUGUGAUGAUGACACGGAGGUUGAAAUAGCCCCAUCAACUGCAAUCAGUGGAAGUGGUGCCUUUGAAGACACACGAUUUGGUCCAGGAGAAACAGAAGCAUCAUCAAACUGGCGAGUCAACACAAACAACAACCUAAUACCUGCACAACAGACGCUCUUGAUCUCAAUUACCAAUCAAGACCUUACUGGGACUGUGGUACAGGGAAACAAGCCAUUGGUAGUAAUUUCUGGUCAUCAGUGUGGACAAGUUACUGAGAGAGUCACAGCAUGUGACCACAAUGCAGCUCAGAUACCUCCACACACAACAUGGGGCUACACGUUCCUGCUUAACCCUCUUAGUGGAAGACGAAGUGGAGACUUGUAUCGUUUUGCAACCCUCCAGGACAACACUGACGUUACCAUCACAUGUGUGGAUGCUGGAAGCAGUACUGCAACAGUAGAGUAUACAGAAACUCUGAGUUCUGCUCAAGGUUCUAACUGGGGACAGUUUGUCACUCACUCAGUAAGUUGUGGCCCUUCACACGUCGAACAAUAUUGCUGCUUGGAAUCCUCCAAUCCUGUCGUACUAGCUCAGUACAGCUAUGGUUACACAAGUGAUGCAACAUGCAAUGGAGGAGAGUUUGGAGACCCCUUCAUGAGUGUCAUUCCUCCAAUAGUUCAGUAUCUCCACCUUUACCAUCUUGUUCCAGUCAACAUUUCAUCUGGACCUAUUGCCAAUCAUUUCUUCAGUGUUUCUGUUCCAGUGAGAUACUUUCAAACGGACAGAAUUAUGUUGGACGAUGCCACAUUGGAGCUUGAUGCUACUCUGUGGCAAGCCAUCUACUGUAGCACUGGAGAGAUAUGUGGAUAUGGCAUUACAAAGGACUUUGACAAUCAGUACCAUUCUCUCUUCCAUGCUGAUGCCAAUGCGGCCAUUUUUGUUCACACCUAUGGCUUCAGCAUUCAAAAUUCCUAUGCCAUAGCUGGUGGAAUGGAACUCCAACCAAUUGCUGGUACAAUCAUCAGUUGUACUGUGCCUGCCGACUGUGUGGUGGAAGGAAGUUUAGUCACUGUCACCUGUACCAGAUCUCUGGACCGAUCGGAACAGAGCAGGAUUCGAGUCGACACUGCAGAUGGUUCUGCCACAGCCCCAGCCGACUACACUACACUCGACAUACCUGAGAACCGACCAAGCUUCUUUGCCGACAAUGUUCUGAACUACAGAGGAGGGGACAGACAGGAUACAGUGAUAUCGUUUGAUGUCCAAGUUGCCAGCGACAGUGUUGACGAACCUCCCGAAAUUUUCUAUAUCGACGUUACUUCUGUCAGAACUGCUAUUGUCGUGACACCCAGAGUUACCGUGACCAUCUGUGGAGUUGGCGGGUGUGACAUUCUUGAUGAUCCAGAGAAUGGCGAGGUAGUGACAACAGGUUUGGCACCAUCAGAUACAGCAACUUACACCUGCAACUCGGGGUACGAGUUGAUUGGAACACGGGUUCGAACCUGCGGCACUGACGGAGAGUGGACCGACGUACCUCCGACUUGUAGACGCGUUUGUCCUACUCUUGGUAACCCUGUCAAUGGA